GCGGGCGGGUCGUGGGGUUGCCGUCAUCUCGCCAUGGCUCGCGAAUUCGAGCUGUGCCCCGGGCGGCGUGUCGGCGGCGACCAGCCCUGCUUCAUCAUCGCCGAGAUCGGGCAGAACCACCAGGGCGACCUGGACAUCGCCAAGCGCAUGAUCCGCAUGGUCAAGGACUGCGGAGCAGAUUGUGCUAAGUUCCAGAAGAGUGAGCUGGAGUACAAAUUCAACAAGAAAGCCUUAGAAAGGCCCUACACCUCUAAACACUCCUGGGGAAAGACUUAUGGGGAACACAAGCGCCACUUGGAGUUCAGUCAUGACCAAUAUAGAGAGCUAAAGAAGUAUGCAGAGGAGAUUGGCAUUUUCUUCACAGCUUCUGGCAUGGAUGAGAUGGCUGUGGAAUUUCUGCAUGAACUGGAUGUUCCAUUUUUCAAAGUAGGAUCAGGAGAUACAAAUAAUUUUCCAUAUUUGGAAAAGACUGCAAAGAAAGGUCGCCCAAUGGUGAUUUCCAGUGGGAUGCAGUCGAUGAACACAAUGCAUCAGGUUUAUCAGAUUGUGAAGCCCAUAAAUCCAAACUUCUGCUUCCUGCAGUGCACCAGCGCAUACCCGCUUCAGCCAGAGGACGUCAAUCUCCGUGUUAUAUCGGCAUAUCAGUCAGCUUUUCCUGAUAUCCCCAUUGGCUAUUCGGGGCAUGAAACUGGCAUAGCCAUUUCAGUGGCAGCUGUUGCUAUGGGUGCUAAAGUACUGGAACGCCACGUGACUCUUGACAAAACAUGGAAAGGAAGUGACCACCAAGCAUCUCUGGAGCCAAAUGAACUGGCAGAGUUAGUGAAAGCCAUCCGUACUGUGGAAAAAGCAAUGGGUUCUCCAAUCAAACAGCUUCUGCCCUGUGAAAUGGCUUGCAAUGAAAAGCUGGGAAAGUCGGUAGUGGCAAAAGUGGCAAUUCCUGAUGGUGCAGUAUUGACACUUGACAUGCUGACGGUGAAGGUGGGAGAGCCGAAGGGAUUUCCCCCAGAAUGCAUCUUUGAUCUGGUGGGCCAGAAAGUUAAAAGAAAUAUUGAAGAAGAUGAAACCAUCACUGAGCAAGUAGUGGAAAAUCAUGUAAAAAAAGUGAAAUGCUAAACCAAAGCACUUCAUUCCAUACAUUUCUCAAUGUACUACCAUGCAAUGUGUUUGAGAAUAGCAGCAUGGUAGAGUAGAAGAAAGGGGUGUAAUUAUGAGGGUGCAAACAGGUUAGAAUUUUCAGGUUCUUGUUAGCAGGAAGUUUCAGAAGCAAGGGGAUAUAAAUUAUGAAGAUUUUAUUAGAAACUGUAUAGCAUUUUGCCUAGGAAAUGCCAUGAUCUUCUCUUCUCCAUUUCACUUAAUCUAGUUUAAUUUGGAGUUCUGCCAAAUAAAAGACCACAGUCUGCUGCUUUCCAGCUUCCCUUUUCUGUUAAGAAUACAGUAAAUUAUGAGAAUUUUGUCUACACUUUGAAUUGUUCUAGCCCUAUAUCUUUUGAUACUCUUUUCUGCCAUUUGCCUCACCCCUCUGAUAGCAGGACUCUGCUUGGAGUUGAAUAAAGGAAAGUUUACACUGAACAGA